AUGGCCGCAUCCACCCUGUCCGUCUGCUCCAGCGACCGGAGCUACAGCAGCCGUGUCUGCCUGCCCGGCUCCUGUGACGCCUGCCCCGACUCCUGGCAGGUGGACGACUGCCCAGAGAGCUGCUGCGAGCCCCCCUGCUGUGCCCCCUCCUGCUGUGCCCCCACCUGCUGUGCCCCCUCCUGCCUGACCCUCAUCUGCACCCCUGCGAGCUGCGGGUCCAGCCCCUGCCAGUCAGCCUGCACCAGCUCCUGCCAGCCCUCCUGCUGCAGCUCCUCCCCCUGCCAGGAAGGCUGCUGUGUGUCUGUCUGCUGCAAGCCCGUCUGCUGCACCCCUGUCUGCUGCAAGCCCAUUUGCUGCACCCCUGUCUGCUGCCAGGCCUCCCCCUGCUCAGCCUCCUCAUGCUGCCAGCAGUCUAGCUGCCAGCCCUCCUGCUGCAGCUCCUCCCCCUGCCAGGAAGACUGCUGCCAGCCUGUCUGCUGCACCCCUGUCUGCUGCAAACCCGUCUGCUGCACCCCCGUCUGCUGCAAGCCCGUCUGCUGCACCCCGGUCUGCUGCCAGGCCUCCCCCUGCUCAGCCUCCUCAUGCUGCCAGCAGUCUAGCUGCCAGCCCUCCUGCUGCAGCUCCUCCCCCUGCCAGGAAGACUGCUGCCAGCCUGUCUGCUGCACCCCUGUCUGCUGCAAGCCUGUCUGCUGCACCCCGGUCUGCUGUAAGCCCGUCUGCUGCACCCCGGUCUGCUCUGGGCCCUCCUCCUGCUGUCAGCCCAGCCCCUGCUCCUCGUCCUGCUGCAGACCGUCCUCUUGCGUGUCCCUGCUCUGCCGCCCCGUGUGCAGGCCCGCCUGCUGCGUGCCCGCCUCCUCCUGCUGUGCCCCUGCCUCCUCCUGCCAGCCCAGCUGCUGCCGCCGAGCCUCCUGCGUGUCCCUGCUCUGCCGCCCCACGUGCUCCCGCCAGGCUUGCUGCGUGCCUGCCUCGGCCCAGAAGUCCUGCUGCUGA